UUCAAAACACACUACUGUGUGUCUCUGUUGUUUUUACUUAUUUAUUAUGUACCUGGAUUGAUGUGUUAUGGAGAUCAUUACCGACGGCAGCUUUCUAUGGAGUUGAACCCAGGGUUGAACGGCUCUCUAACGCCACCUCCUGGUGUGGGUAUAGUUCACGUGCGGGCACUGGGGCAGAACGACACCCUGCACUUCCUCCUCUGCAGCCAUGGGGCGCCAGCGCUACUUCUGGUUCACACAAACUCCACCUCAUCCUCACUGCAGAUUAACUGGAAUGAGUUUCUGAACCGCAGCACGGCAGGCAGUGUGAGGGUGGCACCACAGGACAGUGUGCAAUACAGCCGUGCACUUGUGUUGACGAGGCUGUGGGAAUAUGACGACGUCAACGACACAGCAGAUCCAAACAAAACAGACCCUUCCUCGUUUUUCCCCCCGUACGAGCUGGCGAGCUUCACCUGGGAUGACCUGAACAAGACGGUAAACCUGACCGAUCACACGGUGCGGCUGUGUGGAAAAGACAGCGCUGAGACUUUCAACAGCAACAGCUCCUUCUGCCUGCUGUUUUCGGCUUAUGAGGGAGUUGGUCGAGAGGAGGCGUGGCCAGCUCUUCUCCACAACGCUAACUCCUCCCAGCUGAGGCUGUGGUUAGACCGUGUGACUCCUCGGUCCAAUGCCUCGCGCUUCCUCUUCGAGCUCCAAUCAGUGGGCAGCCCGCGCCAUGAGAGCAGAGUUGACGUCUUAAAAUCCAUAGAUGACGAGUACACUCCCUCCAUUUUCCAGGUGUCUCAGUGGGUUUUCUCCCCGCCUAAUGCAAAUACAGUCAUGGGCUACACACAGUGGAAACCAGUGGCCUAUCGCAAAGCUGCACCUCUCACAGAAGACGCAACACCGUGUAAGCACUCCCCUCCUGUCGCCGUGGACCAGGCUUCGCCCUCUGGCUUGGUUCUGGCCUAUUUCGGAAAGGAGUCCCGGACGUUUGGGCUGAACAUGACGUUCGGGAUCAAAGACGCGCCCUACUACAACGCCACCUACUUUCUCAGCUGGACCGUGUUAGUGGGAAUGGGUUCCCCUCCUGUGGAAUUCUUCUCCCCACUGGUCAUGGCCAUUAUGGCUAUUGGACUGGGCGCCCCACUGGCCUUCAUUCUGUUUGGUGGCAUUUACGUCUGUGUCCGCAAGAGGAGGGCAGAACCAUCGGGCUACGAACCAAUCAACUGAGACCACACGGGCCUUGAGAUUCCCCGUCAGUUUCCUCUCGCACAAAUGAGCAGAUGCAAGUUCGUGUUGUCUUGAUUUUCAAUCACAUGUCAGUCAGGCCUGAAUCGCCAGGAAUUGUGGACUCCUGUGUUUUGUUUUGUUUGUGUUCUCUGGAUGCAUUAUGGACAUGUAGCCAAAUCUACACGAAGCAUUCAGACGAGAUACUUUAUGACAAGAUCUCUCACUCUGAUCAAUUUCAGAAUCAACCAAUCAGAGCACAGCAUGACUGUCAGUGCUCUUAUGGAGGUCAAGAAUUGCUGUUUGUAAAAUUUCACAGAUUUGGAAUUGUUACAAGCCUGAUCCACUGACUUUGCACAUACAGCUCAUUCCUAAAAUACUUUUGUGUCAAAUACUGUUUUAUUGCACUCUUAACAGUUUUUACUGACAGACAAUGGGGUUUGUUUGGUUUUUUUUAGUGCACAAUUCUAAUUCUCGUUUUUUAUGAUUCGCUUGUAAGUGUCUUUGAAGAUGGUACUUUUGUGGCACUGCACAGGGUUAAAAUCUCCCUUUUCUUAUGGACCAACUCGUUACAAAAGCUCACUCUCUCUUUUUAUCUUCCUCUUCCCUUAACGAACUGAGAUGAAUUAAAAACAACCGAGGAGGUAAGUAAGAAACUGAAGUGAAACUCAUGUCAU